CGGACAGCCCCGGCGGCGGGGCGGGGGGAGUUAUAUUGCGGGGUCCUUCCUCGCUCACCCUGGUUCCUCUAGGAGCGGAGACGGCAAAUGGCGGACUUCGAUACCUACGACGAUCGGGCCUACAGCAGCUUCGGCGGCGGCAGAGGGUCCCGUGGCAGUGCUGGUGGCCAUGGUUCCCGUAGCCAGAAGGAGCUGCCCACAGAGCCCCCCUACACAGCAUAUGUGGGAAACCUACCUUUUAACACAGUUCAGGGUGACAUAGAUGCUAUCUUUAAGGAUCUCAGCAUAAGGAGUGUACGGCUAGUCAGAGACAAAGACACAGACAAAUUUAAAGGUUUCUGCUAUGUAGAAUUUGAUGAGGUGGAUUCCCUUAAGGAGGCCUUGACGUACGAUGGUGCGCUGUUGGGCGAUCGAUCACUUCGUGUGGACAUUGCAGAGGGCAGAAAACAAGACAAAGGUGGCUUUGGAUUCAGGAAAGAUGACAGAGGAAUGGGUGGCUCUCGAGAAUCUAGAGGUGGAUGGGCUUCCCGGGAUGACUUCAAUUCCGGCUUCAGGGACGACUUCUUAGGAGGCAGAGGAGGGAGUCGCCCAGGUGACCGGCGAACAGGCCCCCCAAUGGGGAGUCGAUUCAGAGAUGGCCCUCCCCUUCGAGGGUCCAAUAUGGACUUCAGAGAACCAACAGAAGAGGAAAGAGCACAGAGGCCGCGGCUCCAGCUGAAGCCACGAACAGUCGCCACGCCGCUCAAUCAAGUAGCCAAUCCCAACUCGGCCAUCUUCGGGGGGGCCCGGCCCAGGGAGGAGGUUGUGCACAAGGAGCAGGAGUGAGCCCGCUGCUGGGGAGGGAAUGGGGUGUGGGGGAGUCCCAGCAAGACCACAGCCUGGCUCGCCCCCUGGACCAGCAGUCCUGCGGUCACCAUUCCUGCGCCUGACCUUUGUCCUCCUUUCUUACAACGGAAACACAGAGCUUGUGAGUGCAUGUCAGCAGUUAACAAGUGGUUUUUAGUACAUUCUUGGCUUUGCUGAACCUAUCUAGUGCCUGUUUUGUGCUUUUUUUCUUUCUUUCUUUCUUUCUUUCUUUCUCUGCCAGUCCUUCCCCAUUUUCCUUCUGUCCUUUUUUCUUCUUGCUCCUUGUUUCCUUCUGGUCCGUGAGUUUCUCUCUAGGGACGGAGGCAGCCCCCGUGGGAGUUCUUAGGAUGGAGGUGCUGCUCUAUUUUUCUCCUCCUGCUUUUCACUUUUUACUUUGGACACACUGGCCAGACCCAUUUGUUUCUUUGCUUUUUCUCAGUGCUUCUCUUCUAGCCUGCAUGUUGAGUUCUGUAUUGCUGUGGCUUCCAAGGGAAGGAACAAAAAGACAAAAAGGAAAGUCACAAAUUGGAUAGCAUCUUGUUUUUAUUCAGCUGUGAUCAACAGACAGAAUUUGGGGCACCUUGUUUUCAAAACAAGGAUAAAAUAUCUGUUGACCCUUGCAAAUUCCUCCCUGUCCGUAUUUAUAAGCAGCCCUGUCUCUGUCUCUCCUUCCCCGAAUGGAUCAUUCGAGCAGAAGAGGCUCUCCUUUCAAAGGUGGAAUCUACGAGAAGGGGGUGGUAGCGGGAGGAGCUGGGCGGCCGGGCCGAGCGCACCGCGUCGCAAGCUAGGACUGUGGGCCAGCACCGCGUGCAAGCUCGGCCCGUCUCCUUCUGCCUGGCAGGGUGCUCCGGGGGCACCGACGGGCAGUGGUGGCAGAACUGCACCUGGACUGUGCUCCCCCUGUGGACGCGGCCUCUCCUCAGACCCCCCUGUCAUGUGUGUGUGUCCCCGUGUGUCCCCGUCUCUCCUUGGCGCAAGUAACAGUGAUAUACUGCGCUUUCCACCCGCCCUGACUUUUAUGAUGGAAAUGGGCCUAAAAUCUGGCACUUUACUGUUUCACUUGAUGAAUUGAGGAUUUUACUCUACAGAGCUGUCGAGAGCCUUCAGAGAGCUGGCGGGUGGCUGGCUGCAAGUCCCCAGGGCCUCUUUGGGGCACAGUUGCCACACUGUGGUUGGCGUGUACCUAGGGCCAGGGGGCUGGGCCGUUGCUUCUGAGCUUGAACGUGUGUGUGAGUGAGUGAGCAAGUGAACGAACACCCUGGGUCCCUCAGCAGCAAGACCCAGACUCUCCCAUGGGGAGCAGUUCGGGCCCCACCAGCAGCUAGAAGCAGCUAGAGCCUGGGGAAGAGGCCAGCGGUGGGACGGAGGCCGCAGGGUCGCCUGGCCGGCGCAGCAGCGUGCUAGGAGGGCCUUGUCGCUAGCUGGCGUCCUUGGCGUCUCUCCCUGUGUCUCAGUCCCGGGGUCUCAGCAACUGCAGAACUCUCUCCUUUCCUUCCUUCACCUGCCGCCUCUGCUUCUGAAAUAAGAACCAUUUGUGUAACACCAAUACUUAACUUAAGAAAGACAUGCAUUAUGUGGUUGUAAUCAAACCUGAUGCUUUCAGAUGACCUACUUACAUCUUCAAUGUGGAAAAGAUUAAGAACAAAACAAAUUCAUCUACACUUCUGGGCAAUCCCAGUUGACUUUUAAAUGUAAGAAUGGAAUCCCAGACACUUAACCCCUUCAGCUCUAUGACAGAAAGUAACCCUGUGGAUACGGUAUUUUGUGAAUGAUCUUUUAAAUAAAAGAAAACCUUACGUAAUAUUUAA